AUGGCGUCUACAUCGCGCACACCCGCGCCCGAGCCGACGCUGUACAUCGACGGCAAGUGGACGCACGCCAAGGCGGGCCACACGCGCCCCAUCAUCAAUCCGUACGACAAUUCGACCAUCUGCGUGAUCGACGAGGCGGGCAGCGACGAUGCGCUCGCCGCCAUCCACUCUGCCGUCAACUUCUUCCGCACCUCGGACUGGCCGCAUCAGACGUGCACCGAGCGCACGCCGCUGCUGACGCGCGUCGCCGAGCUGCUGCAGCGCGACAAGGAGAUCCUCGCCGAGAUCGAAACAAAGGACACGGGCAAGACGCUCGAGGAGAGCCGCGUGGACGUCGACGACGUCACCAACGUCUUUCGCUUCUACGCGCAAGAGGCCAACAAGCUCGACACGCCCAAGCGCAUCGUGUCGGACGUCAUCCCCGACACGGUGGAGAGCACCACGAGCCACGUGCCCGUGGGCGUGUGCGUGCUGAUUGCGCCGUGGAACUAUCCGCUGCUGCAGAUCUGCUGGAAGGUGGCACCGGCACUCGCCACGGGCAAUGCGGUGAUCAUCAAGCCGAGCGAGGUGACGCCGCUGUCGACCGUGCACUUUGUCAAGCUGCUCGUCGAGGCGGGCGCGCCCGUGGGGUCGGUGCAGCUGCUCACGGCGGGGGGUGCGGGCGUGGGACCCACGCUGACCGAGCAUCCGGACGUCGACCUCGUCUCGUUCACCGGUGGACUGGAUACGGGGCGUCGCAUCAUUGCGUCGUGCGCGGGUACGGUGAAGCGGUGCACGGUGGAGCUGGGAGGUAAGAACCCGAACGUGGUGUUUGGCGACUGCGAUCUGGACUGGGCCAUCGACACGGUGGUCACGGCGGUGUUCCUGCACUCGGGCCAGGUGUGCUCGUCGGGCGCGCGGCUGAUCGUGGCAGAGUCGAUUGCCGACAAACUUGUGGCCGGGGUGGUGGAGCGGGCCAAGCGCAUCCAGAUGGGCAACGGUAUGGACCCCGCCAGCGAGACGGGACCGUUGGUGUCGGCGGCGCAUCUGGCCAAGGUAGAGGCGUAUGUGCAGCUGGGCGUGCAGGAGGGGGCCAAGCUGAUGUGUGGCGGAGCUAAGCCCGAUGCGAAGGCGCAUCCGGAGCUCGCCAAGGGCUUCUUCUUUUGUCCGACCGUGCUGGACCACUGCCAUCGCGACAUGCGCAUCGUGCAGGAGGAGACGUUCGGACCCAUCCUCACCGUCGAGCGUUUCCGCGAUGGCGACGAGGCCCACGCCAUCCGCCUCGCCAACGACACCAAGUACGGCCUCGCGGGCGGUGUGCAGUCGGCCAACGUCGAGCGUGCACGUCGUGUGGCAAAGCAGCUGCGCCAUGGCACUGUGUGGGUCAACACGUACGGAUCGUAUACCCCCGCAGCCGAGUGGGGCGGAUUCGGGAUGAGCGGCAACGGCCGCGAGCUGGGAAGCAAGGGCCUGGACGAGUACAUCGAGACCAAGCACCAGUGGGUCGAGACGAACCCGGCCAAGCCUGGCUGGUUCAAGGGCCAGGGCAAGGCGCUCCAGCCUGCACAGCCGCCCAAGGCCAAGUUGUAA